CCACCCUCAACAGACACGAUUCGUGCCAACAGUGCCGCGUACAAGAACAUGUGUAGACUAUACCAAAAGGCGUCACGGCGUUCAACGGCAAUCUCCAGCGUACCCACUGACCCUGGCUCAAGAACCGCAGAGAACCCGGCUUGGUCAUAUUGUUUGAGACGGAGCAGGCGAAGAGACGGGUGCGAUCUGUCAGUUCCAUAUUGCUAUGGACCCGAAAAAAGCGGGCACAGGCGGAGGUCGUCGGACCCUUGCCUUCUCGUCGAGCGAUCGGCAUCCUCUGCCAGCUGACCUCUGCCGUAAAUCUCCGUCUCGCUGGCCCUCGACAUUCCUCGAUAUGGUAA